AUGCGACCUAGCCUGUCCGUUACCCAGAUCGUAGGCGCCAGCCUAGUCGCGAACCAAUUUGCGAACGCCUUAUUACCGCGGACGAAAAUCGACGAUGCUUAUGACUUUGUGAUCGUGGGAGGAGGUCAAGCUGGACUCGUGUUGGGCGCUCGUCUUUCGGAGGAUAAAAAUCACACUGUACUCGUUCUUGAGUCGGGCGAGAAUGGAGACGAUUAUCGCAAACGCAUAGAUACCCCGGCAUACUCUUAUUUCGACUCUUUAUGGACAACGCCCUUGAAUUGGGAUUUCUACACUGUUGCGCAACCUAAUGCAGGCGAUCGCAUGAUUAAUUGGCCUCGUGGCAAGGUCCUUGGAGGCAGUUCCGCCAUCAAUGGACUAUAUAUGACCCGUCCGGGUGAAGAUGAGAUCAAUGCCUGGAAAGAUAUACUCGGAGACAUGGAUGGUGCGGAUAACUGGUCGUGGGACUCAUUCUUCGCUGCUAUGAAGAAAAGCGAGAGUUUCACUCCUCCCGUUGAUGAUGUGAUUGACGAGGCUGGAAUCGUCUGGAAUGCGUCAAAUCACGGCACUAACGGGCCGAUCCAUACAUCAUACCCCGACUAUACAUUCCCCGAAGUGGGCGACUGGUUAACGUCACUCCAGGCCAUGGGAAUUCAUAUUUCCGCCAAUAUGUACGGAGGUGAAAACUUGGGCGCUGACGUCUCAACAUCCUGCAUCAACCCAUCAAAUUGGACGCGGUCCUAUAGUCGUUCUGGUUAUCUCGAUCCGCUUGCAGACCGGGGCAACUACGAUGUAUUGGCGAAUGCGCAUGUGACUCGCCUUGUUUUUGACAACUCUACAUCUUCCGGCAAGAAAACAGCAGGUGCUGUUGAAUACACAACUGAUAGCGGAUCAACGAAACUGAAGGUUAAGGUUAACAAGGAAGUCAUCCUUGCGGGUGGCACUAUCGGCAGCCCGGCUGUAUUGCUCCAUAGCGGUGUCGGCCCCAAAGACGUCCUCUCUGACGCUGGUGUUGACCUUGUAUCGGAACUUCCCGGCGUCGGUCAACACCUUCAAGACCAUUUCAGUGCCACAGUGAAAUGGAGCACGAAUGUGGACACCGCAGGUUCCAUCUUUUAUAACAACGGCAAAGAUAAGAAUGAUUCCAAGUUCCUCACUUAUAUCGAUUCCGCUGUUGCCUACGUGAACGCCACCGAUAUGUACGGCAGUAAGGUUGAUGAGUAUGAGUCGAAAUUCCUCGCUUCAAUCGAUCAGUAUGCGCCAAACACGACUUACGACGAUGGCGUGCUCGUCGGCUACAAGGCAAUCUGUGACACAACGUCGAAGAUCUUCGAAACUCCAACGGGUCAAAUCGAGCUUCUGUUCAUGAACAGCGAUGCAAACGGCGAUAUCGGCAUCACAGCUGCCCUCCAACACCCAUUCAGCCACGGUCGUAUCUACAUCAACUCUUCGAACCCGAUGGACUUCCCCGUCAUCGACCCGAAUUACCUGGGCAACCCAGCUGACGCCGAGAUCCUCCUCGCCGGCAUUAAGCUCGCCCGUCAACUAGGCCAAACCAGCCCGAUGAGCAAAGUCCUCACAAAAGAAACCACCCCGGGCUCAAGCGUGCAGAGCGACGACGACUGGAUAGAAUGGCUACGCAAGUCAGCCGGCACGGAGUUCCACCCGUCCUCGUCAUGCGCAAUGCUGCCAGAGGAACAGGGUGGUGUGGUCGACGCCAACCUGCUCGUAUACGGCCUUUCAAAUGUGCGUGUUGCAGAUGCCAGUGUCAUCCCUAUCGCCUUGUCUACACACUUGAUGUCCUCGACAUACGGUGUCGCUGAGCAAGCGAGCGAUAUCAUUCGCGAAUACUACAACUUGCCAACCAAGCCCGAGUCGGCUUUCAAUGGGUCGACUUCUACACCUUCCAGCACCGCGGCUACCGCGAAGAAGAGUGGUACUGCGAAGAGCAAUGGCAGUCCCGCUGGUCAUGGCGGCGUUGCUUUCUCGCCUGCGUGGACCUCUCUUCUUGUUUCUGUACAUGCUGUUGUUGGCUACGGCCUCUAUCUCUAA